GUCCUCCCAAUUUCGCUCAAACCCCCACAGGCUUCACAUGCUACGCCGCAUACUAAUCAGAACCUCUCGAGCACGCGCUUGCCAUGCGCCCGAAUUCGAACAUGCAACCUCGGGUCUUGCCAUCCUCGUCAUCGCACGUACCCUGCAAUUGACGACAUCUCACCGCAAGCUAUGAGCACCCAGCAGAGCCCCAUUCAAUUCUUCGAGGGCGGCUCAGUGGUUAUGGAGAGGGGCUCAGAACUCGGACGGAGGGGGAUGGAGCGCUGGGACAAUGCGGAUGAGGAGGUGAUGGUUUCGCAACAUCGCUCAGACCGCGCAUCGGCAAUCGCCUCUCUGCAAGCUAUAAACGAUCGGGAAACUCCCUCAAGACACCUCGAGGGAUGUCUCGUGGUGGUAGAGAGCAUUGAAUUAGAUACGGUGUUCCAAGGACGCGGAUGGAGGGAUGAGAUCCGCAGACGCAGGAAUGGCAGUACGAGUAAUGAUCUACGCCGUUUCACCGUUUACACUGCCGCUCACCAGAUCCUUCUCGGCGAACGCGCCCACCUGAUCGAAUUCCCCUCCGUGCUCCUUCCUCCCGGUGCAACCACUGGAUCCAUCGUCAACAUCUCCGUCCUACAGAACCACGCCGAAGAGAAGAGGAGAGACGACGCGUUUUGGGUGCUGCAGGAUGAGAUACACGGAGAGUUUGGAGUGCGUACGCCUGAGCCACCGAAACUCCAACUGCGCAAUGUGACACAGACGUCCGUGACCCUUGAGUGGCCCCCCAUUGAACUGGCCACAGCCAAGUUGCGAACGUUGGACCUUUACCGCAACGGGCAGCGCCUCGCACCGAUCCCAAACCCGGCGACCAACACUUCUAGUAAGAUUUCGGGGCUGGAGCUCGACACCGAGUACACAUUCCAGCUUAUCCUGCGCACGACGGCGGGGACAUUCCCCUCGGAACUGCUGCGCGUGCACACGAACACCAUGAUCGACACCUCUGGCGUACGCGUAUGCUUCGGAACAGUCGACGACGCAGGGCUCGUUGAGCAGGCCAAGGAGGCCCUACAGCGCAUCGGUGCGCGGUGGAGCGAGAAGAUCGAGAUUGACACAACGCACUUCGUAUGCACCACACCGGAUACGCAUACACCGACUGGCGUGCCUGAGGUCGAGUAUCAGCGAGCUGUGCAGCUGAGCAUACCUAUCGUCCAGCCGCAUUGGAUCUUUGCAUGCCAGUCUGAGCGUCGAUUGGUUUCUAUCGCGCAGUUUGGACUAGGAGCGACACCACCGAACGCGCUACCCUCUCAGCGCCCACAGUCCAUGUCUGCUGCAUCUCCCACCCAACGCUCACCCGCCAGCGCAGCCGCUGCGCGACAGUCGAUGACACCGACCGUCUCGCUCAUUGGCCGGCCCGCGACCUUCAUAGGACAGUCGGCCCGCAAUACCCCACCACCAACCGCGCCGGUCGUCACUGUCGAAGAAGCUCGCUCGGAGGAUGAAGAAACUGACGUGGCCGAGCUGGAGGCGAAACGAAUCGACUUGAUGGGGAAGCGGGCAAGCAAGACCGGGACGAUGAACAUGGAGUUUGAAUUCCCACCUACGUCUCCGAAAAGUGCCGGCGCUGAAGAUUCGGAUGCUGCGGAUGUGGCCGUUGAGCCGAAGAGCAUUGAGGUUCCGCCGCCGCUGGUCGUAGAGAAAGAGACAGUGUCUAGUGUGAGGACUGAGGGUAACGUCUAUGAUGACCUGGGCGAGACAGAGGACAUCCCGUUGUAAUAGGGCUUUGUGCGCGGUCUGCUCUGUGGGAGCAGCACGUUGAAGACGCAUGUCAAUGCCGCGGGCAAGGCGGUCCCGAACGGAUGUAUCUAAUCAGCGCUCAAACCAUACAAAUAAUUUUUAUCUUGAUACUACGCUCCCAGUAUUUUGAGAUCCCGCAA